GUGUGCGGCAAUGGACCGAUUAGCGGCGCGUGGUGAGACUCAUCGAUCGUCGAUCUUCUAUAUUUCACUGUCAGGUGAGAGUUCUUUGCAUAUUUUUGUCUGAUUUUGGGAGUUGCUGUGUGUCUGGGAAUAGAGACGAAGUGUUGUAGUUGCGAUGGGCUCCGUUGAAGUAGGAUCAGACGUUCCGGAUCUGCAUUACGGUGGUGGUAAAGGCAGUGAAAAACACAGGGAUCGCUGCCCCACCACUGUCGGCAUCUGCUACGGGCGAGUCGCGGACAAUCUCCCCUCGCCUCCCGAAGUCGUCUCCCUCCUCCGAAGUCGAGGUGUGACUGAUGUAAAGAUCUAUGACGCGGCGGGCGAUAUUCUCCGCGCAUUUGAAAACUCGGGUAUCAUUUUGUCGGUCGCCGUUCCGAAUGAAGAAGUCGCUGGCAUCGCCGACAGCCAGGUAAUGGCCAACAGCUGGGUCGAGAAAAACAUCCGGCCGUACCCACAAACCAAGAUCGGGUCGCUGGGAGUAGGGAACGAGUUUCUCAGCGACGGCAGAAACGAUGCGUCUAAGCUAGUGCCAGCUAUGAACAACAUACAGCAAGCGCUGGAAUCUGCAGGACUGAACCACAUUAAGGUGUCCACUCCACUGGCUUUCCAGCUGAGCGUCUCCUAUCCACCUUCAGCUGGACAAUUCGCGGACAAGGACCUAUCCGUGGUGAGUGGCAUUCUGGACUUCGUGCGAAGGAAGAACUCCGUCUUCAUGAUGAAUAUCUAUCCAUUCUUCGCCUAUCGGUUUGAUUCCGUCAACAUAGAUAUUAAUUAUGCGCUCUUCAAUCCCAACGCGCCCACGAUCAACGAUUCUGGGAGAGCGUAUCGAAACCUCUUCGACGCUCAGGUGGACUCUGUCUAUGCUGCAAUGAGUCGCCUGGGGUAUGCAAACACGCCGCUGAUGAUAACAGAGACGGGAUGGGCUUCUGACGGUGGCGGAGUUGGUGCAAGUCUGCUGAACGCAAAAACUUACAAUAACAACCUCGUCCAGCAUGUUCUCCGCAACGGCACCCCUGUGCGGCCGAAUGUGAAGAUUCAAACCUUCAUAUUUGCUCUAUUCAACGAAAAUCAGAAGCAAGGGUAUCCGAUUGAGAAGAACUUUGGACUGUAUUACCCAGAUAAGAGACCCGUUUACGACAUUAGGCUGCAGGCGUAGCGCCUCUUGCCAAAACUUGCAGCGACUCUGAACUCGUCGUUGAAACUAGACUAGCAUCUGCGUGGUAAUUUCAUUUGUGACAUGUUGUAGAUGAUUUGCUUAGUUGCGUGUACAAUAAGGCUGCAGAGCUAUCUAUAUAGCAUGAACCUGCGAUCAUGAUUUCAGAGUUCAAUUCAAAACUGGAUUUCCUGGAUUUAAGUACUCAAAUUAAGUGAGAUUUUUUUAUUUAUGAUCA